GAUAGUCAGUAACCCGAAAAGUGAUUUAUGGAAACCAUGGCGGAGAGUCGGGAUUCAUUAUCAGCAAACAUGUCGGAGCCAAGCAAUCAGGUAAGAAUAGUCCCGGCCAAUUCGGAGGACAAACUGGUCCUUGUGCUGGCCGAUCUUUUGGUGCGCAGCUCCGAGGCGGCGUUGAAGAGACAGGACAAGUUCAACGUGGGACUCUCAGGUGGAUCCCUUAUCCAGCUAUUGACGAAAGCCCUCAAAUGGGGAGGCCUGAAAACUGAAAAGUGGGUGUUUUAUUUCUGUGACGAGCGGUAUGUCCCCCUGGAUGACGGCGAUUCCACCUACGGCGCGUACAAAGCCGAGUGGCUGACAAACUUCCCCGGUAUUCAGGACUCGCAGUUCGUUCGUGCCGAUACCACCAAGUCGCUGGAUGACUGUGCCACGGACUAUGAGACCAAGGUCAAGGAUCAGGUGGGCUGCGGGUGCCUACCGCGCUUCGACCUCUUGCUCCUGGGCAUGGGUCCCGAUGGCCACACAUGCUCCCUCUUUCCCGAGCAGCCGGCCUCGCUCCAGGAAUCCCAGCGACUGGUCAUCCCCAUCCGCAACUCCCCCAAGCCGCCGCCUGAGCGGAUCACCUUCACCCUGCCACUGAUCAAUAACGCCUGGAGUGUAGCUUUCGUGGUCACGGGCGCUGGAAAGGCCAGUGUCGUUAAGAGUGUGUUUGUCGAUCAGGACAAGAAGUAUCCUGCUGCCUGGGUGAAACCCACAGAUGGAGAAUUGAUGCUGAUUGUAGACGAAGGAGCUGCAAAAGAACUUUUAGCAUAGUUAUGACAUUUAUUAGUGAUAAUGAAUCUUGUGAUAUCCUUGCAGAGGGUAUUUUUAUUUCAGUCUAAAGUUUGCAAAGCAGUUAAUAAGAUACCUCCGACCCCAAAGAUCUAAAAAGCUGUUUCCAUAAAGAUCGGACUACUAUAUCAUAAACCUGCCAUAGAAAAACUGUGAAAUAUUUAAAGAAAAACUACACAGUAAACCUUAAUGAAAGAGUAUAUCAGCUUUGCCUUAGCAAUGCUUGCUUUCUUUCUUGAUAAUAAAAAUAUUUUUAUACAGAA